CCAGCCCCGGCCCCAGCAGAUGCUUGAAUGAAGGGGAGGGAAGCUGUGCUGGGCUCCUGAAGAAGACGCAGCCGGAAGAGUGGAGGGAGUCAACAGAGAACCACUCCGCGCCCCCGACCCUUCCACACGCGGAUCUCUCGUUGAGGGCCAAAGCGCAUGCUCCGUCGCCGGCGCGGUGCAGUAGUUCUCGUGCCUCCGCUCUUCUGGGGGUUGCAGAAGCCAACAGAUUUGCUUUGAGAACCAGAGUAGCUGCUGCCACCUGAGUCUGGAACCAUGAGUGGGUUUAACUUUGGCGGCACUGGGGCCUCCACAGGUGGGUUCACAUUUGGAACUGCAAAGACGACAGCAGCCACACCAGCCAUCGGCAUUUCUUUCUCUACGUCUGGCACUGGCGGGUUUAAUUUUGGGACUCCUUCCCAGCCAGCUGUGAGUGCCCCUUCCACCGGCCUGUUCUCACUUACCACCCAAGCUCCAGCAACGCAGACCCCGGCAUUCAGUUUUGGAACCACAGCUCCUGUUGCAGGCGGAACGGGGUUUUCCUUAGGGAUCAGCACUCCAAAGCAAGCCUUGAGCAGUGCAGCCUCCGCCCCAACCACUGUGCACCCUGGCGGCUUCGGGCUGGGCAGCAGCACCCUCAGCAACGCCGUCUCCAGCACCGUCACCUCCACCCAGGGCACAGCACCCACUGGCUUUGUGUUUGGCUCUAGCACCACGUCUGCUGCUCCAUCCACGACCCCCGGCGGGUUCUCAUUCACAGGUGUGAGCGCACCCCAGCCUGGGGUCUCUGGUUUCAGUCUUGGCUCUGUGGGCACUUCCACCCAGUCCACAGCACUUGCCGGGUUGCCCUUCACUCCAGCCACUCCGGCAGCCACUGGAACAGGAGCCACGCAACCAGCUGCUCCUGCACCCACUGCUACCACCACCAGUGCUGGGCCCACACUCUUUACCUCACUAGCAACUGCCCCAACAUCGUCCUCUACCACCGGGCUCUCCCUCUGUGCCCCAGCAACCACAGCAGGAGCUGCUGGAGCUGGAACCCUGGGCUUCAGCUUAAAGGCCCCUGGGGCGUCUUCUACCGCCUCCACAGCAGCGUCCACCACCACCACCACCACCUCCUCCUCCAGCUUUGCCUUGAAUAUAAAGCCGCUGGCAGCAGCUGGGAUCCCCAGCAACACACAGGCUGCCGUGACCGCUCCACCUGGCCCCAGUGCAACCACAGGGCCAUCUGCCAGUCCUACAAUGACCUAUGCUCAGCUCGAGAGUCUGAUUAACAAGUGGAGCCUCGAGCUGGAGGACCAGGAGCGACACUUCUUGCAGCAAGCCACGCAGGUCAAUGCCUGGGACCGCACGCUGAUCGAGAAUGGGGAGAAAAUCACCACCCUCCACCGCGAGGUAGAGAGGGUAAAGCUGGACCAGAAGAGGCUGGACCAAGAGCUUGACUUCAUCCUUUCUCAGCAGAAGGAGCUAGAAGAUCUGCUAAGCCCACUGGAGGAGUCAGUCAAGGAGCAGAGCGGGACCAUCUACCUGCAGCAUGCCGAUGAGGAGCGCGAGAAAACCUACAAGCUGGCCGAGAACAUUGAUGCGCAGCUGAAGCGCAUGGCCCAGGACCUCAAGGACAUCAUCGAGCACCUGAACACGUCUGGAGGCCCUGCGGACACCAGUGACCCGCUGCAGCAGAUCUGCAAGAUCCUCAACGCGCACAUGGACUCACUGCAGUGGGUGGACCAGAACUCGGCCCUGCUGCAGAGGAAGGUGGAGGAGGCGACCCGGCUGUGCGAGGGGCGGCGCAAGGAGCAGGAGCGCAGUGUCCGCAUCACGUUCGACUGAGCUCCAGCACCUUGGGCUGUGGGGGAUGGGGGGCGCCCAGGUAUUGCCCAGUUGUGUUGUAGUGAAAUCUUUCUUUGUAAUGAUUGUACUAUUGAGAGAACUGUUCUGUGGCUUGGCUUUCCCAUUAGAAUAGAAGAUAUUGGAGUGCCCUGGGCCAGGCACUGAAGUAGGUGUGGUUUCUCUGUGUAUCUUUUAUGUCCUGUGACUGCCACCCACCCCAUCCUUCUCACUGCAGUCAAGUACUGAUGCCCCGAGAACCAUCCCGCCUCCCAGCUGGGGUUUGCUGGGUGGCCACUCUGUCGUAGGUGCCUUGAACAAAGACUAAAGUUAAAAGAAUCUCAGUCCUCGAAGAGAUGCAGCCUGGUAUGUGGAAAUUCACCACCAGUACCAAGGCUUGACUUGUGAAUAGAACAGACAGUGGGAUGUAGCGUUUCAGAGGAGGAAGGAUAGGUCAGCAAGGGACUUGAACAGGGUGUUGAGAAAGGACAGGCUCGCACCAGAGUCCUUCCCUUUGCCAAAUUGACACCCCUCCUUGGCCUCCAAAGCUGGGUCAGAUCCAUACACCACACUGAGCUUACCUCUGGUAACCCUUGCUAUGUUGUAUUGUGCCAACUGUUUGCUCCUCUGCCUGCCAUUAGGUUGUGAGCCCCUGUGGGCAGGGACUAUUUCUCGUUCUGUGUCCUCAGCACAGUUGCUGUCACAUUUUUUUGAAAGAAUGAGCAGUGGAGAUGAAACCCAGCAUAAAAUGCUAGUCCACAGGAUGCCGGCUGACAUCACCACGGAGGCAGCCACACGCUCAUUCUGAACUUCCCGAUGCCAAAGCAGACCGAGUCGGUUAGAGCAAGCUCCAUGGUGCCCAGAGGCAGGGGCCAGCCAGCGAACCCCAACUGUCUUCUGCAUCUGUCUUAACACUUUGCUGCACUCUGAAACCCCUGUGACUAUGUUGCUUUCCUAAAUAAAAUUCAUCUGUGGAACAAAAAAA